AAUGCAUUCUGAUCCAAUAUUCGAAUUUAUGGUUUAAAAAGGUUUAUCUGAAAAAUUAAAAAAGAAGAUCAAAGGCAAGAUAUGCUUCAACAUUAUUAGAGGAUCAGGUCAUAAGCUUUGGUUGAUUGAUUCUGAUAUAAAAAAAGUAAUUCCAGAUACAAGUUAAAAUGCAGAUACUAUUUUCAAUAUUUAGGAUGAUGAUAUGGUUAGUUUCUCUAAAGGCUAAACAAAUUUAAGGACUUUAUUCAUGAGAAAAAAGUUAGUUAUUGAGGGGGAGUAUUAAAUCAAAAUAUUUUAGUUUUUCUAAUGCUAUUCGAUUUACAAGUGACCUAUUACCAAAGAUGCCUUUACUUUGA